AUGUACUCCUCGUCGAAUAAUUUCCUCGGGGGUGGUGCCAGUGGCCGUCCCGGCCAGGCACCAUUCAUGCAACAGCAACAGCAACCCCCCUAUUCGCAAUUCUCCCAAGCCCAGCAGCCGCCAUCAAUCCAACAACCUCAACCGACUGGAUUUGCCCCACAGCCUACUGGUCUCGCUCCACAGCCGACCGGAUUCGCCGGCCAGCCCUCCCCGUUUGGUAACUCGCAGCUACAACCUCAAGCCACCGGAUUCCCCGCGGGACAGAUCCAGCCGCAAUUCACUGGCUUCCCCGGCGCCGCGCCCCAGCAACCCCAGCAGCAGCAAGCGCAAAGCUUCCAACCACAAUACACCGGGUAUCCUCCCCAGAACCAGGCGCAGCAGCCGCCUCCGGUACCACAGAUACCAACUCGAUUCAAGACCUCAAGCGAUAUCGCGAACUCUUUCCAAGAUGCUGCUGGCUCUGGGGCACCUCCUCAGGUGCCGCCAAAGACAGGGUCAAAGAUCCCGAAUAUUCGGCUGUCUUUUAUCACGGCGCAGGAUCAGGCGAGGUUCGAGCAGCUCUUUAAGUCUGCGGUUGCCGAUAGCAAGACAAUGGAUGGCGAUAAAGCAAGAGAUCUUUUGCUGCGCUCCAAGUUGACGGGCGCUGAUCUUUCUAAGAUCUGGGUUUUGUCUGAUACCACCAAAUCCGGACAGUUGUUCUUCCCCGAGUUUGCAUUGGCCAUGUACCUGUGCAAUAUUCGUAUCACCGGUCGCGAGCUUCCUUCUUCCCUACCCGAGACGAUCAAGAACGAGGUUUCUAGUAUGGUUGACAUCAUUUCGUUCGAUGUCCCCGACACACAGGCCCCGGCCCAACAGCGAACAAAUGUCCCCAACUUUGAUGCGCCUCUCAUGGAGAACAAGUCGACGCCCCCAAUUGUUCAACAGCCCGUCCCGCAGCAACCGAACAACGCCCAGCUUCUGUCACAGCUGACAGCACAGCCUACUGGGUUCUUCCCUCAGCAGACAGGUAUCCAGCCCAACCCGACGGGCUUCCCUGGUCAGAACCAGUCUCAGUUCCUCCAGUCUCAACAAACCGGUUUCAUGAAUAACCCGCAGGCUACUGGAUAUACUGGUCCUCGGCCUCCGAUGCCGCCUAUGCCUACUGGUUACGGGUCGAACCUCAGCCCCGCCCAGACCGGUGGAAUGCAAGGCCUGGGUGUGCAGCCUACGGGCCUGACGGCACAACCUACGGGAAUGCCAGGUCAAUGGGGAUUCAUCAACACACCAGCGCAGGGUUUGCCCAACAUUGAGGCUAUGAAGCAACAGCUUAUGCCACAGCCUGGGCGUGAAGGUGGUUUCAGUGCGGUUGGCCUUUCAGGAAAUGCUACAGUUGCCUGGGCAAUUACAAAGGAGGAGAAGAAGAUUUACGAUGAUCUUUUCCGCGCAUGGGAUGGUUUCCGCAAGGGCUUCAUCAGUGGUGAGACUGCCAUCGAGAUCAUGGGCCAAAGUGGCUUGAAUAGAAAAGACCUGGAACGGAUCUGGACCCUGGCUGAUCCCCAUAACCGCGGCCGACUCAACAUGGAUGAGUUCGCCGUAGCUAUGCACAUGAUCUACCGUGCUCUGAACGGAUACCCAGUUCCAAACCGUCUACCACCCGAGCUUGUUCCUCCGUCCACGAGACACCUGAAUGACUCUAUCGGUACAGUCAAGUCUCUUCUCUCUCAGGAUGCUGAAACUCGCAAGGCUACUGGUGCGUUCCUGCAGCCGCAGAAGACUGGUGUCAGCUAUCUUAAGGAUCACUCCUUCCGUGGUGGUGCAGGAGGCGCUUCUGCAGCCAACCGCAAGGAUGCGACAAUGUUCAAGAACAAUGACUCCGCUGGUGGGUACCGCUCUAGCGCACGCCGUCGCGUUGGUAACCAGGCUCGUACCCCGUCACCUGCCGCCUCUGGCGCGUCAGACGAAGAAUAUUCUGUGGAACAGUUGCACAAGAAAAUUCGCGAGGCCAAGGUCAUGAUUGACGCUGCCGACUUCCAGGACGAGAACCGAGCUGAGGAUGAUGAUGCUCUAGAUCGCCAGGAUCGCCGCGAGGCAGAGAGUCUCAUGGACCGUAUCCGUCGUGUACAGGACGACCUCGAUACCCACCCCAAUGCUUCGUUCCGUCAAGUGGACAAUGGGGCAGAUCGCAGAGCUCUUCGUCGCCAGCUGCAGUCUUUUGAAGAUCAAGUUCCUCAGGUUGCAUCUGAUGUGCGUCGCCUUGAGCGUGAGAUCGCGGACGCGAAGCUUGAGCUCUUCCGUCUCAAGGACGCCAAGGCACACCCCGGUGGCGCCUCUAACAUCAUUGGCACUGGCCCUGGCGGCACUGUGACCGAGGCAGAUCGAAUCAAGGCCCGCGCGCGUGCGCGUAUGCAAGCCCGUGCUGCAGAGCUUUCUGGUCGCCCCGCUCCCGCGACGGAAGAGGACGAUGGCCAGGCGGCUCGUCGUCUGGAGUCGGAGACCACUAACGUGAAGGCUGAGCGUGAGCGCAACGACACUAUGACUCGUGAUGUCGAGGAAAGUGUGCGUGAUUUCGCUCGCAGCUUGGAGGAUAGUCUCCGGGAGGAAGGCCAAAACUCCACACGUGAGCAUGAGAAGCGUCGUUGGGAAGAUGCCUUGGGAGUGGAGGACGUCAUCCGCGACUUCAUCUACGACCUGAGCCGCAGUGCGCGAACUGCAAAUGUUCGCAAAGAAGAGCGAGGGAGACCUUCCCCUGAGGUGCAGUCUCGAGCAUCUCCAGCGGCCGAAUCUACUGCUGCCCGUCCUUCAAUGCCCCAGUCCGUGGACUCGUCAAGCUCUCUUCCUGGUAACACACAUGAAGAUCGCGUGGCAGCUGCUCGAGAGCGUGCACAGAAGCGCAUUGCUGAGCGCAUGGCUGCUGCUGGCUUGAAGCCAAAUGAUGCUAGCGAGACUCUUACGCAACGCCAGGAGCGUGAGAAGAAGGAGCGCGAAGACCGUGUCAAACGUGCCGAGGAAGAGGAUGCUAAGCGGGAAGAGGAGAGACAGCGUCGCCUAGCUGAGGAACGGGGUGUCCCCAGUGAUGCCGCUCCGAAGACUGCGGGCAAGAAACCACCACCAGCGCCACCCACCCGCAGGGCUCGUACGGAUAGUGCCGGCCAAGCCGAUGCCAAGAGGGCAGAAGAAUCCGCUAAAGCGGACCAGGCUGCCCGUGAGCAGGCUAUCAAGGAAGAGCAAGAGGUGCAGGAGGCAGAGACCAAGCGUCUAGAGAGCGAGGCAAGCCAAGCUGAGCUGGAAUUACAACGGGAGAAAGAUGCCCAGGCCGCUCGGCUUCGUGCCCUUGAGGAACAGGUUCGCCAGGGCAAGAUCAAGAAGCAGGAAGAGAAGCGCCGCAGGGAAGAGGCUAGCCGACAGUCCAAAGAACAGGAAGCUACUCUUGCAGCCCAACGCGCUGAACUGGAGGCGGCUAAAGAACGCGAGCGACAGCUGCAGCUUGAACUCGAGGGUCUUGACGAGUCAUCGUCUGAUGACGAAGGCCCUGCGGAUAUUACGCCUCAGUACAGCACCCCGACCCAGAGCCAAAUUCUCCCUACCCCGCCCCCCGUGCCCACGAUAGCUAUUCCUGAACCUCCUGCCCCCGAAAGCGUGCCUAGCGAAGUGAGCUCGCCCGAAAGCAGCCGUGGUGUUCCUGCCGCCGCGCCCGAUGCUGAGUCCAAGAACCCGUACUUCAAGAAUAUGGGUCAGCCAUCCGACCCCACCCAAGCGACCUCGCCGCCUACUACAUCUCAGUCUACAAAUCCGUUCCACCGCUUGACGCAGCAAGAGCCCAUCAAGCCCACCUUCACCGGCGCAGCUCCCUUGGAACGCAAGACUCGUGCCCGCCCCGAGGAAGACGAUGACUGGUCCGCUGCGGGCUCCGAGGCUGAUUCGUCCGAUGAUGAUGACGAUCGUCCAACCGGCGGCAGCGCCAAACAACUUGCCAGCAUCCUCUUCGGUACCAUGGCGCCCCCACGUCCUCUGAGCGCCAUGGAUGAAGACAAGUCUGCCUCGAAAUCCGCUACCCCGGUACAAGAAAGCCCUAUUGCACCUCCGCCCCCACCCCCAGUAACUCUGCCUCCUGUCCCUGCUAUACCAAGCCCUAGUGAUGCCAUCUCCCCACCACCUGCGCCAUCUGCAGUGCCUCCCCCUCCCCCACCUCCACCUCCCCCGGGAGCCGGUGCUCCUUCUAUUCCUCCGCCACCCCCACCCCCAGGAGGAGCUCCAUCUGCUCCCCCACCACCCCCUCCAGCUGGCAUCCCGCCUCCACCUGCUCCCCCAGCCGCGGCCGGUGGCUCUGGCGGCCGAGGCGCCCUCCUUGCGUCCAUCCAACAAGGCAUGACCCUGAAGAAGACUCAAGUGAAUGAUCGUAGCACAAGCUCGUCGGCUGGACGCGUGCUGUGA